GGGACGUCGCCCUACUCGCUGCUGAAUCUUCCGAGUCAGUAGAUGAAGCACUCCCUUGUCUGGUGUCCCGGCAACGGCUGAAGAACCCAUCGCCGUCUUGAGGAAGUCAUUCCUUUGCAACUUUAGAGUUACCCGGCGCCAUGCACUCGGAGCGACUGGGAUGAUGUGGUUGCUGCGUCGUUGCCUGGACUGGGGCAAGCCAUGCUAUUGUUUUGGUCGAAGUUGGAGCGCCUGAGUACUAUUUCAACCUGUUGGUCCAAUUCCUCCUGCAAUGACACUUUGACGUGGUUUCUCCUUCCAUGACCUGUACUUACUUUCCUUCCCAGCAAUGCGAACACGCGAGUUAAAGGCCGGACUUGUUCUGGUACUAAGUGCGGCGUCGUCUACGGCUGCACAAGACCCUUACCCGAUAACUGGUGUAUCAGCAAAACACCUAAAUAAUGAUGUGCCGUUGAGAAGGAAUAUCCGGGACUUAGCAGCCGAGGCUGGUCCACAAUGGGAUCUUUACAUCCAAGCGCUAUUAGAGAUGCAAAAGGCGGAUUAUACAGACACGCUCUCAUAUUUUCAAAUUGAGGGAAUCCAUGGCAGACCGUUUAUCGAGUGGAACGCGACCGGACGUCGAACAACGGAUGGAUGGGCAGGCUAUUGCCCACACGGCGAACUAUUAUUUCUAUCGUGGCAUCGACCAUACGUCGUCCUGUUCGAGCAAGUGUUAGUUUUGCAAGCGCGAAAGAUCGCGAGUACUUACCCCCCAAGAGUUCGGGACGACUAUAUGCAAGCGGCGGAUGAAUUAAGAGCGCCCUUCUGGGACUGGGCUGCCGACGCGACAGUCCCAUCAGUGACUGUCCCGGCGAAGAUAACUGUUAACAUUCCAAAUGGUCAAGAGGUGCGGCAAAGCGAGAUCGAUAACCCGUUAUUUACCUUUAAUAUUCCACAAUCUGUCGUGGAUGGUCAAUAUGGUUCGUUUGAUUCGGACAAUCGAAAUAGGACGUUGCGGUGCCCGGCUCCUCAAAGCUAUCCAAGCUCCGCCAAUGACCUCCUGAGCCAGCGACCAUAUAAGGACUGGGUUUACGAUGCUUUUGCUCGUGCGGACAAUUUCUCAGAAUUCACUUCGACAAGUGCCCGGUUUGUCAGCAUGGAAUUGAUACACAAUGGCAUACACUGGGACGCUGCGUGUGGGCAACAAUUCCUUGGUCCUGACCUGUCUGGUUUUGACCCGUUAUUCAUGUUGCACCAUAGCAACAUGGACCGCUUGUGGGCAUACUGGCAGGUUAUCAGGCCCGAUGAGGAUAUUUUCCAAGGAUCGUAUAGCGGGCUUUCCCGUUUUGGCUCACCCGAAGGAGCCACCAUCACGAGCCAGUCGCAUCUGCAGCCCUUUUUUGGAUUGAACGGCAAGCCCCAUACAACGCAGACUGUGAGGACCCUGAAGGGUUUCGGAUACUCCUACGAGGGGCUGGAGUACUGGCAUAAAUCUGAAGAUCAGAUGAGACGUGAUGCGAUCACCCUCAUCAAUCGUCUAUAUUCGGAGGGAGGCGAAUCUCGGGGCGAGCGUCGACAGGUGCCCCAAACCAAGCGAAGAUACUUUGCGAGGAUUAGCGUGGACAGGGCCGAUAUACCGAAGCCGUGUCAAAUCAUGCUGUCCAUCAACGAGAAGGCAGCUGGAAGCUUUGUGGUGCUUGGACAGCCCGCCAGGGGAAUUUUAAGCGCUGGUAUGCCCUUGGACAAGGCACUGCGAGAAAACAACAUCACGACGCGGCCCGAUGAUGACGUCCCAGACGCCAUUGCCGCGUCGAUGAAGGUUCAGAUUGUGCAGCCUGAUGGAAGCAUUGUCAAUAACGUCCCCAGCCUGAAAGUGGCACUAGAAGAUGUUGAGGUUACGCCGCCACUGACGCCAGAUUCGUUCCCGACUUUUGGGCUGUCCAACUUCUUUCCAGUUGCUAAUCUACUUCGGGAGCUGGCUCAUCAUCAUCUGUAGAAAACAGUUGCGAGUUGGCAAGCAAUUGUAUCUUGUACAUAAGUAGUAUGAAGUAGAAUCAGCCAGUGGCGCUUCAUGUUUGUAUGAUCUCCGCGGCACGAUCCGCCACGGCAUAUAAAGCAGCAGUCAGGUGCCCGCUAAAUUGCAAUGGCAACACGGAUGCACCACCCACCGCUCGCAGCUCUUUCGUUCCGGCUUUAUUGAGUAUUAGGUCGUGCAGGGUCUGGAGUAUGUGCGCUAAAGCCUAUGCGUUCAGGGAGUCGUCGC